AGUCAGACAGACAGAUGGAUGGAUGGAUAGAUAGAAGAGACAGAUAGAUAGAUAGAUAGAUAGAUAGAAAAUACAUAGAGACAGACAGAUGGAUGGAUGGAUGGAUAGAUAGAAAAUAUAGAUAGAUAGACAGACCAUGGUAUUACCAUGUUUUUGGACAUUUAGCAUGGUAUUACCAUGGUAUUCUUUGAUUUAUCUUGCAGUUGCAUUCAAAUACCAUGGUACAUGAAGAUUGUAAUCAUUCAGCAUCAUGACAUGGAUCUGAGCAUGAAAUCAUACAGCGAUCCGGAGGGAGUGGGUGUCUUUCCUCUGGCUGGACGUGGCACUGGACCACAUGAGUCUGAUUUAGGGGAGGAGGAGAAAGCACUUGAUCUAUGCUCAUCAAACACCUUGAUUGAACUGGACGACCACGAAGAAGAUCUGUGUCAUUCUGCCAGAGCGAAGCCUUUUCAGUGCUCUCAGUGUGGGAAGGGGUUCUCUCGUAUACAGCAUCUGUCCGAACAUGUACGGAUUCACACAGGCGAGAGGCCUUACGAGUGCUCUGUGUGUGGAAAGACUUUCACCCGGGAAAGAAGCCUCAAGACUCAUCUGAAAGUACAUGCGGAUGCGACGACCUUCCACUGCACAAUCUGUGUUAAAAACUUCGCUCUCCUAUCCUCCUUGAGAAGACAUGUGCGGACAUUUCAUCAAGGUCAUGAUGUCAGUACGGAGGGUAGAUGCCUAAUUUGUGUUGAAUGUGGGAAAAACUUUGCAUGUCAGUUGGAGGAACAUGAGCUGACACACACCGGAGAGAUUUCUCAUCGCUGCCCUGACUGUGUCAAGAACUUUGCACAUCUCCAGACUCUUGUAUCUCACCAUCAAACCUUCAAUGAAUUAGAAGACUUGAACCAUGUGAAUGCUCAGAAUAUUGAGAGGCCUUGCAGUUCUGUGGCCUUAGAAGAUCAAUCCAAACACAUGCAAACUGACACAAGUCAGGACAAUAGUAACUUGUCCUCUCCGGAGCUUUUAGAAAAUAUUACCAGUGAUGGACUGACUGUUGAACAUAUGGGCCAAAGUGAAGAAGAGGAGGCAGAGAGAGCUCCAUCUCCUUCAUCUGUGCUCUCUCAUGAGUCUGCACUUUCUACUGAAAAAGCCAUUGAAGCGAGAGACGCUCUUCAAGAAGAACAGCUCACAGCUCACCAGCAAUUUGAUGAUGAAAACAAGCCACACCAAUGCGAUCACUGUGGAAAGAGAUUUAAUAAACAAGCAAAGCUUCGAAUUCAUCUGCGCAUUCACACCGGAGAGAAACCUUACCAGUGCACCCAAUGUGGCAAACAUUUCAGUCAAGCAGUAAACCUUAGAAAACAUCACCGUAGUCAUCAUACCGAGGAGAGACCAUACCACUGCACACUCUGUGACCGCAGGUUUUCUCUCUCGUUUUCCCUGAUUAAGCAUCAACGUGUCGCUCAUCCAGAACAAUUGAGUGUUGAUGAAAGGAAGCGCUUCACCUGUCCUUUCUGUGGAAAAAUGUUUGGGCGGCAUCAAGAUAUGGAGCAACACAAACGAAUUCACACGGGAGAGAGACCAUUCCGCUGCAUUGUGUGCAACAAAAGUUUUCGGCAACGUUCGGUUUUGAUAGUGCAUCGGAAAAUUCAUACCGGAGACAAACCUUUCGAAUGUUUCAUAUGCUUCAGACGGUUUUAUGGAUCAGGAGAUCUGAAGACACAUAUAGGGACUCAUACUGGUGUGAGACCACACAGUUGCCCCUUGUGCUCUAAAAGCUUCCCUCGUCCCAGCAGCCUGCAAGCACACAUGCAUUCUCAUCUCAACAAGUUACAGGAAGUUGACGCUCUAACCACUGGAGCUAAGGAGGACAAGAGUGAACUGGAUGAUGUGGAAGGAAUCUCUGGAAGUUCUGCUUCAAUGCUUUCUGAAAACCCUGGAGGCUCUGAAGACAAAAUGAGCACAGAGGAGCCCUCCAGUGAGCUGGCUUGUGUUUUAAAGUCCCAGUCACACCAAAUAGGGCCUGAGACUGGAUUCGGUCCUUCAAUGAAUCAAGUCCAUUAUGCUGAUCAGAGUUCCAGUUCAGAGCUAAUAGAUCAUCAGAAGCCUUACCAUUGUACCAUAUGCAACAAAACCUUCUCUCUCUCACUAUCUCUGAAAAAACAUCAGCUAAUAUUUCAUCCAGAUCAGCAUGCUGACAUAGAAGGGAAGUGCUUUCCUUGCUCUUAUUGUGGGAGGAAGUUUGGCAGGCGUCAGGGCUUGUUACAGCAUGAGCGCAUUCACACAGGUGAAAGGCCCUACAACUGCCCCACCUGUAACAAAAGCUUCCGGCAGCGAUCAGCUUUGGUUGUGCAUAUUAAAACUCACACAGGAGAAAGGUCCUUCCUGUGCUUUGUAUGCAGCAAAAGCUUUUAUACCCCGGGAGACUUGAAGAAACAUCUGGAAAUUCAUACUGGAGUGCGGCCACACAACUGCCCGAUAUGCUUCAAGGGUUUCGGGCGCCCCAGUUUCUUGCGAGCUCACAUGCAAAUCCAUGAAAAAGCCUCUUCAAACACCUCUACAGCGAAACAGGAAAGUGGAGUGGAGGAACCAACAGACAGUCCAAAAGAUGACUUGCAAGAGAAGCCAUUUGAAUGCUCUCAUUGUGGGAAGAGAUUCAGUCAGCAUUGUAUGUUUAAAAUCCACCAGCGGAUUCACACAGGAGAGAGACCUUACAAGUGCUCUGAGUGUGGCCUGAGUUUUCGCUGGAGGAGAAACCUGAUAGCCCACCAGAGUGGCCACCCGGGCGACAAGCCUCUCAAGUGUUCAAUGUGUGAUGAGACAUUCCUCUCUGAAGCAAGUCUGAAAAAACAUCAAGAUUCAUUUCAUUCUGGGGUCUCUCAUACCUGCAGUCUGUGUCUAAAAACGUUUACUCAAGCAGCCGGCCUCAGGAAACAUGUGCGAUAUGUUCACGAGAGAGAGAGACCACACAAAUGCUCUGAGUGUGGGAGAGGAUUCGUCAAGCUUUCAGACCUUUUGCGUCAUCAGCGUCGCCAUCAUUAUGACAGGGGUGACGAACUUUUUCAGUGCUCGCAGUGCGAGCGAAGCUUCAGUCAUCCUAGCAGUCUUGUUCUCCACCGACGAACUCACACGGAAGAAAAACACGAGUGCCCAAAAUGUAAUAAGAUAUUCAGUCAGCCGGGACACCUUAAGGUGCACCUGCGUACUCACACCAAAGAGAAUAAACCUAAGUUCGAGUGUCCUGAAUGUGGGAAGAGUUUUGGCCAAGCCAAAGAUUUGGUGGUUCACCAGAGAGUUCAUACUGGAGAGAAACCGUACCAGUGCCCUCAGUGCAAGAAGACUUACCGACAGUUUGCACAUUUGUCCGUACAUCUGCGGAGUCACACGGGGGAGAAGCCUUACCAAUGCCCUGUAUGUCUCAAGUUCUUCGCACAUUCGUCAUCCAUGAAAAAACACUUGCGAGUAAUGCAUGCAGAGGGGAAGGAUUCACCAGCAGCAAGGGAGGUUGUGAGUGUGACUGUUGGAGUAGGUACAGCCAGCUCAACUGUAGUAGUCAAGCAAGAACCAGAAUCUGGUGAUUAACAUGAGUGUCGAGUCAAAUCAGAAGAAAACUGCUUUGCCAUAAUGGAUGAUGUAAAAGCUGUUACAGUUUCUUCAGCUACAUCCAGUCCAGUAUCAUCAUUGACUCCACGUUAAAAAUAAAUGAGGAUGGAAAAAUGGGUUUGGCCUCACCUUGUCAAACAUCAGAGCACCUUGAAGAGCCUGCAGCAUCUAAAGAGGACAAUUUGUUUCCUGAUCCCUCAGACUUAUUUUGAAAAUUGCAGUUUUCAAGAAUGAUUUCUUCCUGAAAGGACUCCAGAGAGCAAUCUCCAUCUUUGAAGACUCCAACCUCCUUAGUCAGCAGCAUUGAAUCGGACAAAGUACUCCCAUGUCAAGAAUAAUCCACAUCAAUGCUUUCAGAUGGUUUUCGUCAAACUAGGAACCACACGACGCAGUGUUUUGUUCACAAUAUGGAAAAGCCAGUGUUUUCAGGAUGAGCAGUUUCAGCAAAGCUAGAGACCUUAAAUAUCAUCCGAUCCUCAUGGAAAACAAUCAGCAUCAGUCCUCCAGGCGAGAACUUUCCAGUUAGGUAGGCCUCAAACUUGAUUUGUGUGCUCACUUUUGAGAAUUUGUUGAGAUGUGCAUCCACUUUAGCCAAUUGGAGAUCUUCGAAAGCAUACUGGAGAGAAGUCUUGACUGGUGAUCUACUCUGAGAAGAGCUUCUAUCGUGGAAGGACUGUGGCAAAAUGAGCUUUCAGACAUGAUAUAAUAGGAAACUUUUGUCACCUACUUGUAGUAUUCAUUUAGUUACUUGCAAACAGGCCCAGAUGAAAUCUGUUUUUGCAGAAUUUGGACAACCAUCCUCUGCCUCUUGUUUAUUAAUUUAAGGUAAUAAUGUGCAGUUUAUUCAGUGAUGUCAAAAUACUUUUUUAUCCCAGCUUAAUAUACAGAGUAUUGUUGGGGUACUUGAGUUCGGACUCCGAGUCAGAAGUCCAGUUUUAAUGGACUUGGACUUGUCACGGACUCGGAUGCAUUUUUACUCGGACUUGACUCGGACUCGAGCCUUUAGGACUCUGGAUUUUUUCAACUAAAUUGAAAAUGAAGUAGGAAAAAACUAAAUUAAAAUUCAAAACAAUUAUAACUCUGGUUUUAAUGACUAAUGCAGCUUUAACUUAGUCUAUGUUUGAGUUGAGGGGAAAAAGCAACAAAUAACUGAAAUGUCAACAGAACGCAAUAAGAAUUGUGUUGAAAGGACAGUUUUGUCUUCAUAUACCUAAAGCAUAUGCUUUCAUUCUGAAACCACUGUGAAGUCUGUUUAGCAGGAUACUAAUCAUAAAAUACAGAGGUGUUUUUGUUACAUUUAUAUUGUCAAUUGUGUUUUCUUAGUUGUGAAAUUUAAAAUAAGUUUAAAGUAUUGAUGUUGUGUUUACGGUUACAAUUUGAAUUCAGAUUCAUGAACAGAUUCAUUCAGACUCGACUCGUACUCGGCCUGUUGUGGACUCGGUCUCGAGUCCGACCUGGCCCCUUUUGGACUCGGACUCGAUUGUUUAAAGACUCGGACUUGACUAAGGUGGACUCGAACCCAACACUAAUACAGAGACAACUGCAAGCAAGCCAUUUGUAAGUUGAAUACUCCGUAAAUUGUAAAUAUUUUGGCUCUUUGGCGCUGUUAAAAUAUUGCUGUUUGAGCAUCCCAAACCAUCCCAACACAGCAAUAUUGGCACAAUCAAUGGCUUGACUACAUGCAGGACUAUCUUUUUGUCGACCAAUGGCAAUGGAUGUUUGCAGUUCUGUUUGCUGUCACUAGUGGCGCAGAUAUUACACACUUCACCAUAUAUUCACUUCUAUUGUGGCUAAUUUGAUUUUGAGUUUAAACCCAUCCCACAUAUUUCCCUCCAAGGUAAGCACAGAAAAUGCUAAAUAAGUCUGCAGAUUUUGUCUGGGCCUGCUAACAAGCCAGGCAAACCUAUCACAACCAACUCUUAAUGAAUUUCAUUAAUGUUGUGUUACUUUGACCACCUAAGUUUUUGUUACAAACCUUUAUAUUUCUUGUAAACAUGACAUCUUAUAAUAGGUGUAAAUUAAAAUAAGAAUGGUUACCAA